AAUUUCAGUACACUAUUUAUGUCCGACAUCGUCCGUGCUUCCCAAACUACCCAACGAAAGUUUUCAUUUGGGAAGUUUUGAAGCUUAAAUUUGUGCCAUACUAACCCAAAUUUCAAAGUUCUGCCGUUAUUGAGAAUCUAUCUCCUUCCAAAUCUGACAAUUUUAAUUCCGUUCUAAACACACUCUGUCCCUUCUUUCUUUAUUUCUUCUAAAUUAAUAAUCCCUGUCAAAUCUCCAUUUUUGGUCUUUCUCACUCCCUGCUCUGAUCUAUGGAGACAAAGCUAUCAGAAACUGCAAUUCAUGCCAUUUUAGGCCCCAAAUCCCUAAUAAGUUCUUCAAGACAUGACCCACGUUUCACACACAAAACCACUGUUAAACCCUCAUUGAAAGUGCUUCAAUUCAAUCUAGGAAGAAAAGGGUAUCGCCCAAUUCAAGCUUCUUUGACUUCUCCCACCAGAUAUGCAAGCAAGAAAAGAGUGGAUGAGAGUGAGAGCUUGACACUGGAGAGUAUAAGACUCUCUUUAAUACGACAAGAAGACAGCAUUAUCUUUAGCAUUUUAGAGAGGGCUCAGUAUUGUUAUAAUGCAAACACAUAUGAUCACAAUGCAUUCUCCAUGGAUGGCUUCAGUGGUUCGUUGGUGGAGUACAUGGUCAGAGAAACUGAAAAGCUUCAUGCCCAGGUGGGCAGAUACAAGAGCCCCGACGAGCAUCCUUUCUUUCCAGCAGACUUACCGGAGCCAAUGCUUCCACCUUUGCAAUACCCACAGGUUUUGCAUCCUUGCGCUGAUUUGAUCAAUAUAAACAAUAAGGUCUGGAAUAUGUAUUUUAAAGGUCUUCUUACAAGAAUGGUAAGAGGUGGGGAUGAUGGUAAUUGCGGAUCAGCUGCCGUCUGUGACACCAUGUGCUUGCAGGCACUUUCAAAGCGAAUUCAUUAUGGCAAAUUUGUAGCAGAAGCAAAAUUUCAAGAAUCCCCAGCCAGUUAUGAGGCUGCCAUCAAAGAGAAAGACAGGGCUCAACUUAUGGAACUACUGACACACGAACGAGUAGAAGCGGCAGUUAAGAAGAGAGUUGAGCUGAAAGCCAAGAUGUACGGCCAGGAGGUGAAAAUCAAGCCCGAGGAAGAGCCAGUUAAUCCAGUAUAUAAGAUCAAGCCGAGUUUAGUUGCCAACCUCUAUGGAGAUUGGAUCAUGCCUCUCACAAAAGAAGUUCAGGUGGAAUACCUGUUGAGGAGGCUGGACUAAACCUCCAGUCGCUUUCUGGCUGCUUGUAAACCACUCCGGUGCAAUGUUUUGAGCUUGUGUAAUCAAGCAUUAGAAUGUUCGGGUUCGAAUCUGAAGACAGCCACCUCAUCCAGAUAAAGCUGAAGGUUUGGUUUUUACCAAGAUCAGCCCCUCCUACCACCUCAAAUUUUCAGGAACAGCAAUCUCAGGCUUUUUUUUUUUUUGUUUUUUCAAGUGCUUUGUAGAUUAAUGAGAAACAAUUACUUUUUCUUCUUGUUAUGCAAGUUUUAAUCAAUUUGGUGUAGCUCUGUCAUUUUCUUUUGUUGCCUGACUGCACAAUUUAGAAGGCAUAUGUUUAGUCAUGCAUUUCGUCAAAAAUAUUGAAAACAUAAUUGAUAAAUUCUUCUUUUUUAAA